CUCUCUUUUUUUUUUUAGUUGCUAUAAAACGACGUCACAAAUAGAAUACGUCACCUCUCUCAAAUUUUCAGCUUGCGCAACGCAAUGCAACCACGCGUUCCUUCAUCAAAAAAAGUCGCAAUAAAGCUUUUAAAAACAUCUUCCAUUUAAAUCUAUAUACAACAUAAAAAUGGAGUGUCUUUUUGGAAUUACAGGAAAUGGGUUUACUUUACUUGCAGCUGAUACCAUCAGUGCUCGUAGUAUUGUGGUGAUGAAGGCUACGGAAGACAAGUCUCGUCAAUUGAACGCGCAUACCGUCAUGUUAUAUACGGGUGAACCUGGUGAUACUGUGAAUUUUGCCGAAUACAUUCAACGUAAUAUUAAGCUUUAUGGCAUCAAGAAUGGGAUCGAACUUAGUCCCAAAGCCACCGCCACUUUCACUCGUCGCCAAUUAGCCGAUUCCUUGAGAAGCAGGCACCCAUAUUCUGUCAAUUUGAUUAUUGGCGGUUACGAUGCAAAGAAGGGACAACCCGAGCUUUAUUGGAUCGAUUAUCUCGGUGCGAUGGCUUCAUUGCCCUUCUGUGCACAAGGUUAUGGUGCUUAUUUCUGUACAUCGUUGAUGGAUCGUUAUUAUACAAAGGAUAUGAAUGUUGAGGAAGCAAAGAAGUUGAUGGGCAUGUGUAUUCAAGAACUCAAGACAAGAUUUAUUGUCAACAUGCCCAAAUUCAAUAUCAAGUUGGUUGAUAAAGAUGGUGUCCAUGAUGUCGAGUUGUAAUUUUUUUUUUCUGCGUGAAAAAAAUAAAAGAAAGUCUUAUAA